UUAGAUCCCAAAAUUAUGAAUUUCGCGCCUUGUGUUUUUCUCAUGAUCGUUCUUGUUCUUUAUAUUUUUACUCCUCACAUUGAAGCAAUCAAAGCCGAUGAAGCAACAGAAGCACUGAUCAAUAGUAUCUGCAUCGAAAACGAAGAUUAUGGAUUUUGCAAUAAAAUCAUCCAUGAAAAAUUGAAGGCACCAACGGCUACCAUCAAAGAACUCACCAGUCUGAUAAUAUACACCACUAUGGAUCACGCCAGUGAUACUUACAUUUUCAUCGAUAACAUCCUCCGCGAAUGGCCUGUCCCUAAGGAGACAACUGGUCUCAAGACUUGUCAUGAAGUUUAUAAUAGAGAGACAAAUAGUUUCUUAGAAAUUCGAUUUCUAUUUUCAAAAGGAGAGUACGAACGUAUGGGUGAAGCCAUUUUGUCCACAGCCAAGAUCUUAGAAGAUUGUAGGGGCGAUUUUCUUAUUCCUCCUUACAAGGAGCCUCUGAUUGAGAAGAAGAGAGUUAUGAGAAUAUUGAUCACCAUGUCUGCUGUUUCUGGACAUAUGAUCAAAAAUGAGAAGGCUUCCUUGAUUAGCUCAGUAGUUACUGCGCAGUUUUUCAAUAUUUGAGAACAUUAAUCAGUGAUUUGUAACAAAUAAAGUAUCAAUAUUAUAUAGAAAUAAUAAAAUAAAAUUAAGCAUAACAUUUAUUUUCUUAAUUUUUAUAACAAUAUCAUAGUGAAUGACCAAAAAUUGUAGAGUUAUAGUUUAGUGAUUUGUAUUAGAGUAGUUGUUGUCAUCAUCAGAUUCU